UUGAGUCGCAGAACCGGAGGAGAAGGGUCAGAGGGAGCAGUAUGUCCGCGGAAGUACCUGAGGCAGCCUCCGCGGAGGAGCAGAAGGAAAUGGAAGAUAAAGUGACUAGUCCAGAGAAAGCUGAAGAAGCAAAAUUAAAAGCAAGGUAUCCUCAUCUGGGACAAAAGCCUGGAGGUUCAGAUUUCUUAAGGAAACGAUUACAGAAAGCGCAAAAAUAUUUUGAUUCUGGGGAUUACAACAUGGCUAAAGCAAAAAUGAAGAACAAGCAGCUUCCUACUGCAGCUCCGGAUAAGACAGAGGUCACUGGUGACCACAUUCCCACUCCACAGGACCUUCCUCAACGGAAACCAUCCCUUGUUGCUAGCAAGCUGGCUGGCUGAUUAAAAGAGCUGAACUGCAUGAAUCUUCUAAUUCCCAUUAUUUCUCCUUAAUAUGUUACUUCUCUGCUUUUUAUUUCCUUUCAUUCACUAAGUCAUUUGAGAAUGACAGCUUUGCAGGUAGCGGUAGUGUGUGCUGCUAUUGUAAGGGAAUAUUCGUGUGUAGAGUUUUGAUUAGUUUUAACAGUGCACUGAUAAAGAGAACAUGUUAGAGCAACAUAAAGUAAUCUACUUGAAAAUAGUUGUAUAUAUUACCUAACUUCUAGUAUAGGACUGAUUCAACAAGUAACAAGCAAGUUUUACAAUUGUAAUCUUUUGGCUUUCUUUAAUUCAUCUUAAUUAUAGCUUUGUAUGUUACUCUUAUUUAAUAUAACCUUUAUUGUAUUGAUUUCUUCUGUAUUUUCCUUUUGGAUUUUGUAAAACAGAAGUUUAAGACCACAAGUUGGAAAGAAGGUCACAUUCUUCAAACAAAAAUAGAUGGGGUUUUGAAAGAUUUGUUUCUCUGUGCUUGAACUUGAAUGGCCUUAAACCUGUUUCAGCUUUAACAAUAGAUUUUACUUGGGCAAUAUUUGCCCAUUCUGGUGUAACUUAUGUGACUCUAGUGCUUAACAGCUGCUGUUGAAGCUAGUGUUCUUACUCAGUUCUGUAGUGUUAGAAUAUCCUUUGUUGAAGAUGUGAAUGAAGUGUGCAUGUGGAUCGACUGUUGAAUUCACUUUUGUGCCAUUUUUGUAAAUACAAUAGUUUUGCACAACCUCUCACAAAUGUCUGUAUUAAUUUCACAUAUUAAAAAGUAGAUGAUGUGCCAACCAGAAGCACAAGAGUUCCUACACAAAACUCUGUAUGUCAUUAGAGCUUUUGUAUAGUAAGAGUAGUUUACAGUCUUGGGCUUAUAGAAUACCAAACAAAUCUUUGCUUAGUCUGUCAUAGACUUAAGCUUUUUCAUUUGUUAUUAAUAUCCAUGACAUUCAGUGGCCUUGUGCAGAUAUGAUAUGUUGCUUAGGCAUAUCUUUUGUCCUAUGCAGAACAUUUCAUUUUGACUUUUAUGAAAAUUGCAAUUCAUGUAAUUUAUAUAAACUUUUUUAAUGUAGAAACUUUUUACUUCCACAGUCAAUUUGGGGACACUAGAAUAAAAAAGCUUCAAUACUCUGC